GCAGCUCAAAAAUCGCAUUUCUCACUGGACUGCGCGGACUGGAGACCAUCAUGGCGUGCCCAAGAAACAUUAUGUUACUUUUCUUGUAUUGCUCUUUGCUCGUCUUGGUUACAAGUGAAGACGAGAAGGUGCCAGAAGAAGAUGAGUUUCAGAGAGGCCUUAGGAUUGGUAUUAUGAAAAAGCCUAAGCGAUGUCCUCGUGAGAGCAAGAGUGGGGAUAUGUUGUCCGUCAAGUAUAACUGCACUCUUGUAGAUCAGACCCCAGUCCUACCAUCCAGCAUGUUUUCGUUCACUCUCGGCGAAGACCAGGUGAUCGCCGGCUGGGAAAUGGGUUUGCUAGACAUGUGCGUUGGCGAGUUACGCGAGCUGAUUGUACCCUUCAAGUAUGGAUAUGGCGAACUUACGGUUGGAGACCAGCUCCCGCCCAAGGCUCCUCUCGUAUUUUACGUGGAGCUGUUGGACAUCAAGGAUGGGGAGCCUAAACCAAACACAUUCAACGAGGUGGACUCUAACGGCGAUAACAGACUCUCUUUCGAUGAGGUCGCUCGCUACCUGCGCAAGGAAGGUAUCCCAGACGGUGAAGGUGACGAAAGCCAUCAAGUCAUCAUUAAUGAGAUCUUCAAAGAGGAGGAUGAGGAUAAAGAUGGCUACAUCUCCCACAAGGAGUUCCAGGGUAUCAAGCACGAGGAGCUAUAGACUUCAAAUAAAACCUUUUCUUAUUUUGCUUUAGAUUUUUGGAUUACUGCCAUCGCCUAUACUCCUGCUUUUGCUUUAUUACAUAUUUCAGAUACUGAUAUAAGUAGACACUUAGUAAGAAAAAUACAAAGAGCUUUUUUUGUUUUUGUUACUCUUCCUUAACACUCCCUUACUCUCAAUAAAACAGGAUUUUCUAA